CAGGUGAAAUCAUCACUGCAUGGGAUUGUGAAAUACCCUGGAAGUUCGUAGAGGAGCUGAUGUACUUUUGCUUGGCUGCGACAACUUGUUUUCCUUGUUCAGCUGCUGAACUCUGAUUCGUAGUGCUUUCGGAUAGAAGGAGCAGAGAUUUGAGAAACGUUAAGCGGAGGAAAAUUUAUUUCAAGACCCAGAAGAUUAAUUUUCCAUGAUGCCUCGCUCAUUCCUUGUCAAGAAGUACUUCACUAACAAGAAGCCAAACUAUGGUGAACUGGAAAGUCAAAGUGGUCCUCGAUUUGCAAUGGUCCCCGAGAGGUUUCCAUCAGCGGAGCUUCCCACAGAGAACGGCUCGGUGGUGCCCCACUUCCCAGGCCUGGUGUGGGACAUGGGGGCCCUGCCCUUGUCCUUCGCCCCUGUCUCCCCCACCACCCCCUCGGGCCCACUGGACCUCAGCUCCCCCUUCAGCAGCAGUGGCAGCAGCAGUGGCAGCAGCAGUGGGGAUGAGGACGAGUGUCGCACGUCAGACCCCCCAAGCCCUGACCCCAUGGAACGCUUCCAGUGUGCACACUGUGGCAAGACGUGCAGCAGUCCCACCGCCCUCUCCAGACACCAACUUAGUCAUUGUGGACGCACCGCGGAGUCUGUCAUCACGCCUGCGGCAAUCACGACAGCGGCCACCACCGUGCCACCCACUGGGCGAUCCAGCUUCCACUGCAAACACUGCCCCAAGGAGUACACCAGCUUGGGGGCACUGAAGAUGCACAUCCGCUCCCACACGCUGCCCUGCGUCUGCACCACCUGUGGCAAGGCCUUCUCCAGACCGUGGCUGCUAAGGGGACACAUCCGCACACACACCGGCGAGCGCCCCUUCUCCUGCCCCCACUGCAACCGGGCCUUUGCGGACCGCUCCAACCUGCGCGCCCACCUGCAGACCCACUCGGAAGUCAAGAAGUACCAGUGUGGCACCUGCUCCCGCACCUUCAGCCGCAUGUCCCUGCUGCACAAGCACACCGUCUCCGGCGGCUGCCUUCCCGCCCAGUGAAGAGAGAGAGAGAGAGAGAGACGAAAAAAGACAAUGAAAGAGUGGAUGGAAAAAGAAAGGGAUGGACUUAGCGUUGAAUCUGAUAACAUCUCCCAUGUCGCCAAUGCCACAGGUGUGGCUGUAACCAACACAGUGGGAAUGGACUGGAGCAAGAUGAAGAAUGGGGUUGGGUGGUGGCACCAACGACAGUGGUGCUCAAGUCAAGUGCCUUAGGAAACACUAGUCCCUCCAUGCUGGCAGGCUCAGCACAGACGCCAGUAGAUGUAUGUGUGGAUAUAUAUAUAUAUAUAAUGUACAGCAGGGGGUUUGGGGGGUCUUCAGGGAGGAUUGUGAUGGCUUGUUGGGUGUGUGUGUAUGAGGGGUAGGGGGGCAGCUGGGCAUGCAGUUUAUUCCCAGGAUGCCCCUCGGUGCCGGCUGGUCCGGGAUUGUAACGAUGCAGCUGCUGGAGAGGAGAGGGAGAGAAAGAGUGUGUGUGUGUGUUGUGUGCUAGUUGGGCAAAUGUAUGCAGAGUGGGGGUCAUCUCUCACCACGCUCCACACUCUACCAGGGACGUAUUGAGACAGCUGUCUCCCCACCGUGGCGCAGCGGAGGCGGGGUGCUGACAGAUGCGUUAGCCCUGACCUCCAACGCAACCCCGGUCCCUCUCCGUGUCUACAUCCGUCCGCCGAGCCUCCUCUCCUGGCCUGCCACCGCCUGCUGGUCUGCUUCGCCCGCCCUGCUUCAGGGGCCAACAGGAUCUGGCAGCCGAGACUUCAAAGAAAAUGUGCCCAACAAACCACAUCCCCAUGGUACUGGUUUUUUUUUUCAAAGGGGAAAAAGGCGUAAAUGUAUGUGUUUCCCGAGCAUUUCCUUUUGCAGGAUUGGUUUUCCCAUCACUAAGGACUCAUUCAAUAUUCCAGCAAAGUUUUCUUUCUUUUUUUUUUUUUUUUUACACUUUUUGCUGUUGAAAUUGUCCUUUUUUUAAAACCAAACCAAAAAUGGAUACCAUGGCUGGCCAGAAAACUGUACAAAAUUGAAAUGUUGAUGCUUGUCUUAAAAUGCUGUAUAUUGUUGUAUUUUUAUUACUUGAGAAUGUCAGAGACAAAUGACUGUUAAUGGGACAAAUUGAAGCUCCUUGCUUUCUGUGGCAAACCCUAUGCAAAGCCAAAAGGGCAAGUCAAGACACAAAAGACAGUCAAAACCGCUAGUGUACAAGUGCCUUUUUAAAAAAAGACUGUAAUUUAUACAGUGGGGAGUUCCAAUGGAAAUGCUGUGCAAUCUAUUUUCCAUAGUCACAUUUUUUGACGGUUUAUACAUUUUCUACACUUUUUUUGUACGAGUGACCCAUAUGGGCUUUCAAUAAAAUAAUUUA